UUCAGUUCGCGCUGUUGGCUUGAUUGGCUCGCUAGUUUGUCCGCAGCGUGCAAAAACGCUAUCCAUCGCCUAUAUAAAUUUAGAAUCUAUUUUUGUUUAUAAAUAUUCAGUACCUACAUAUAUGUAUGUGCAACCAAAGUGGAAAUUAGCUAAAUAGUUACCAGGAAAAGUGGAGAAAACUCGAUUGUUAGCCAAAGGAACCAAAAACCAAACAAUCUUUUUUCGUUCUCCAAGUGAUGUAACCUCGGGGAAUACGAAUCCUCUCCUGCUCAUCUCUCCCAGCGGUUUCUGCGUCGCAUUUUGUUUACUUCUUGGGCGAAAACCAAAACAGAGACAUGUCGAAAAAGUGCACUGUGCGCUCGCUGAGCGAUAGUGCUUUGGCGGAACUGGCCAACUUGUUGGUGUCCACCAUCAGCUAUGUGCAAUAUGCUCCGGAUGUCCAUCUGGACAUUAACAUCGUGAUGGUGGAGCUAAACGAAUACCUUUCCCAGUUGGGAGCCACCCCGAAUAUAUAUCAGGAUUUGCUCAGGGUCAUCCUAAGCUCGGAUUACCUGGACGCCAACAUGAGGUUCACCUGCCUGCAGAUGCUGCUCAACUGCGGGGUCACUUUUCUAAUGACCGAGGUGUUUCCCUUCAGCUAUUACGAGAAAAUCUUACAGGUGAUUGCAGCCCAAGGAGCCGGUUUACGGGUGUUAAAUAUCAAAGGAAUCUGGGUUAAGGAGGAGCAUAUGCACUACAUGUAUGACAUAGUCAGAAAAUGCAACCAGUUGGUCAAGCUGUAUGUGCCCUAUAUAGCCAACGAUCGGUUGCUGGAGGAGAUCGGAAAGUGCUGUACACGCCUGCAGAUUUUGGACAUUUCCGGCGAGACUGAUAUUACGGAAAUCGGCAUUGAUUUUCUGGCCAAAGGAGUCUGCUCACAAUCCCUGACUGUUGUGGAUGUGGGAAUGCCGGGAGAGGAGAAUAUCUGCUACUCGGAUAUUGCCCUGAUCCUAGAACAUUGCCCCCAAGUGGAGACACUCUCUACGUACUCCUUCGUGGGGGCAUCCUUGAAAUUUAUUCACGAUAAUAUCGACGAUCGGUUCAAGUGCCGCUUGAAAUACAUCCAUGACACGGGCACGGAUGAAGCCACCUUGCAGGUGAUCAUGCAAACGUGUCCUAGGCUGGAGACCCUUUAUCUCGACUCACCGAAGACCGGAAGCCUGAGAGCUUUACACACGCGAAAUUUAAGGAAACUGAAGAUCUAUAAAUUCGUUGUGGCUGAGUUACUUCCGCUAUUGGAGCGACCAAUUGGCAGGAACCUGCGUCAUCUCACGAUGAUCAAGGGCUUGGGAAACCUUGAUCUAGGGAAGUUGGCACGUCUCUGUCCUUCCCUGAUCGAUCUCGACUGCUACAUGAUUGAUAGUCUAUCCUACGCACAAGGACAUGCCAAGUUCCAACAGCUUGAGGGUCUGGAGAUCCUAAGUAGCGCUAUUAUGAACAGCUCUUUAAAAGCCUUCCUUUGUAACUCCACGGAUCUGAAGAGAUUGGCGGUGGACACUGUGGAUUUUACGGAUGAGGACAUAGUGAGCAUGUUUAUGCAGCAUGACUUUAAUGUUCUGGAGGAUGUUUGGUUUACUUUGGCGCCAGAUCUUACAGUGCAGUCUGUGGAGUUACUAAUGGACAGUUGUCCAGAACUGCAGUCCGUGGGUCAGCUAACCGGCUGGUCCCUAACACCCGAUGAUUUGGCGCUGAUUAGAGGACUUUUAAAAAGCGGCAAUUCGAGCAUUGUACUGACACCAAACGGUUUUCUAGCUUGAUUAUAAUAUUUUUUAAAUCUUUCUAGCGCCUUCAGUAGCCCUGUUGCUGAUGUCUCUUUCCCGCCCAGAGGAGCAAUCUUUGUUGUGAACGAAUCAAAUGUUGUGUAUUCUAAUUUUCUUGUGAUAUUAUAAAAAUAAAAAUGUUUAAAUUUUAAAAUUAA